AUGGCUGACGGGACACCAGCCGCGUACGGCCCUACCACAGAGCCCAACCCCAAGAAAGCGUCCUGGUACAGCGGCAUACAGCUUCCCCGGCUACAUCUGGCACUGAAAGUCUCACAACUGUUGCUGUCCUUUGUGGCGUUCAUAUGUGAAGAGGUCAUUAGUACAUGUAACAGCUGCGGAGGGCUGUACUUCUUUGAGUUUGUCAGUUGCAGUGCUGUUUUGCUCUCCAUCCUCAUGCUAGUCAUAUAUUGCUCACCUUUACGGCAAAAAAUCUCAAUUCCAAGCUUCAAGAAAAUUGAUUUUUGGAUCACACUCUGUGUUGGAGUUUUAUUUUUCAUUGCUUCCAUUUCAUUUGUGGCUACAAUGGAAUCAAAUGCUCUUGUAACAACAUCUGUGAUUUUUGGGGUUUUAGCAGCCUUUGCGUUUUUAAUAGAAUUGUAUUUCAUGUGGAAAGGUGGCUACAUAAAGCAAAAUGGUGAAAAUGGAGCAAAUGGAGAACCGGUCAGGCCUGAGAAUGAACCUUUACGCAUUCCAAUUCAAGUUGACGGAACAGACACUGCAUAAUUUCCCUCACUAAUAUUAUAUUUUUUAUAAAAUACAAUCCGGUGGCUUGGAGGUUUUAAUACCUUUUAAUGGUAAAUGGGUUCAUCAAGAGAAGCUUCCAUCAGACACCUGAAUCGAGCAUAUGUUAAACUGAAUGCUGUGUUCCACUAAUGGACCUAUCUUAUGCUUUGCCAUUUUCCAUGCACAGGUGAAACCUUUUAAUUAUUUAUUCACAAUUUAAUCCAAAAUCGUUAUAAUUUAUAAAAAGCUGGUGAAAAAAAUGAAAUGCUCUUUUUAUUUAGGCUGCCAUACAUUCAGCAAUGUAUUCUAGAUUAUCAAUUGUAUCCAAGUGUUACCACCUACAUUUACAGAUCAGAGUAAAUGGCCUCCCUCUCUCUUGUAUAUAAUGGAGUGGAUCCAUUGAACUGUUAGCCGUUUUAGCACUGUUAGGCGGUGUUCUCAUGUAGAUAUGUAUUCCUUUCUUAUUAAUGUAAGCACUUGCUAGAUAUCACUGUGAUGCUGGAUUAAAAUGGGAAUGGUGCAGACCCCAGGUUCAGAGGAGGGAAAGGAGCUGGUGAGCACACUCUAGAUAUUAGGUGGUGAUAGAGGUGUAAUAGUUCUGUAUACAGCCAAUCACAGCAUUGUUAAUAAGUAGAACUGCAAAUACGGUGUUCUUCUCUGGAUGGCCCGCUCCAGCCAAUGAUAAAUAAGCUCUGAGAGGGUUCAUCUUCAACCAGCAUGUCAGGAUCCGAUACAUUUUUGGACUACAGUGUUAGGCCUCAUGUAUCACAUGUGAGAGGUAGUAUAUUGUAAAAAAGAAAUUGUAGUUAAAGGUACAGGUGGAGAUCUAUCAAAUAUUGGAGUGAGGUAAAGUGAAGAAGCUGCCCACAGUAAGCAAUCAGAUUAUAAGGGCGGUAUCUAAUUAGCUGUUGGAAUUUACAACAGCUAAUUGACUUGCCUGGGGAUAUACUAUUAGCGCCAACACUUAUGAGCCCCGAUAUUUUUUCACCAAUAUCGGCUGUGAAAAUGCAUAGGUUCAUGACUUUUCGUGGAUCCUAUGUAUUUUCGGUUUCAGUAUGAUGUGCUGGCUGUCGGGAUCCCAGCGGUCAGGAGACCGACACUGAAAUCUCUAGUGGGGAUUCUGGCCAGCAGUCAGAAUUCCGUCUGCCGGUAUCCUGACAGCCAGCAAAAUGAAUGCCUCCCCUACGUUCUUAUGAAAAACAGGGUUUUUUUCCGUCUGAAAAAAUAGGAUAGAAGGGAAAAAAUUGGUGGAAAAGUAAAAAUUGCAAAUCACCCCCGGUUUUAAGCCUGCGAAAAAGUAUUGGGGCUAAUUGGAUACCCCUCUAAAUGCCAUUUUACAGACUGUGCUAGAAAAAUGACCAUUACAGGCUGACAGGUUGCCAUGAGCAACGUCUACACUUUAUGGGUUAAAUUUGUAAAAUCUUGGAGGGCGAUAGACUAGGGUUCAUAAGAACAUAUACUUUAUAAGGCAUUAAAGAAAAUAGCUUAGCAUUGCCUUUGUUAUUCAUGCAUUAUUCAAAUAUUUAUAGUACAGGUUUUGCCAUGAAAAAAUGAGUCAAUAAGUCAGCAUUUGUGUCUCCAAUGAGAAAAGUUGGUACACACUGGAGUGAAUCGCAACAACACAUCAGCUGGAUCAUUCAGUGUGUACACCCAAGCUGAGCGCUUCCGUGUUUGCAUGUGUGCUGCACGGCCAACCGGAGGAUAUUGCAUACCGCGCCGUGCAGUGUAAUGAUGGACUGGACAGAACAAGGGCUUGUUCCGUCCUUCAUUACAUCAUUCUGAUGUGUACGUACGGCAUAUCGUUCAGGUACAGAUCACUGUAGUGUGUACCCAGCCUUACCCUAAAGCAUAUUCAGUAAAGGGAACUAAUUAUGAAAUAUUUCAAUAUAUUUAUACAUAUACAAGACUGCCUUCUCUUUUCCUGGUCACUUUGCUGGUUUUUAAUGGUGUAAAGAAAAAUAAAAAAUUAGGCUAGCUAAAGGCUUCAUCUACUUUUCAGUAGCUACAGUGGAAAUUCCAGGAACUGAAUCCCUUCUUCAGUGAUAUAUUUUUGUACGUUUGCAAUAUUGCAUUUUGCUUAAUGCCUUAUGAAAUGUUUCACUAUGCCCUUCAAGCUGUGAUGAAUCUGGAUUCAAAGACAGUUUAUGUACUUCUGUACUUUCUCUCCCUUUUUACUAUGCAAUGUUUUUACCAUUGAGUUUUUUAAAAAGAUUUUAAUCACUGUGUAAUUAUAAACAAUAUAUAAUGACAUGUAAUCAUGACUAACUGAAUAAAGGUUAGGAGUGUAA